AUGGCUACCAAGAUCAGGAGAGUUGCCGUCAUUGGCGCGGGACCGUCAGGUGGGAUUGCGGUUGAUGCACUAGCAAAAGAACAAGCUUUCGAUGUUAUCCGAGUAUUCGAGAGGAAAGAUCAGGCUGGUGGUACUUGGGUCUUCACUCCCGAGCUGGAGCCCAAGAUACCCUUGCUUCAAGAGCUCAUCAAGCAGCCGCAAAAUGGCGACGUCCAAGUCCCAAUUCCCCCACAACUUCCAGCUCAGACACCUAAAUCCACCCAAGUGAACAGCCAUCAAUUCCGCUUCUCAGACACGCCUAUGCAUGAACAUCUCGAAAGUAAUAUCGGACUAAGCGUAAUGAGCUUCACCCAAGAACCAUUCCCAGAUAUCAUCUCCAAGCGAUCACGAGCUCAAUUCGGACCCGAAUCACCAUUUCGGCAUCGUGAAAUUGUGCGGAAGUGGAUCGAAGCCCUCUUUAACCGGAAUGGGUAUAGAGAUUUUGUUGAAUUUAACACGACUGUUGAACUUGCCGAGAAAGUUGGGGAUGAAUGGGUUUUGACGCUUCGCAAAGAAACCAAGGGAGCAGACGAAAAGGACUUUUGGUGGCAGGAGAGAUUCGAUGCAAUUGUAGUUGCAACGGGACAUUAUAAUGUGCCAUUCAUACCGGACAUUCCUGGUCUGGUUGAGUUGAAUGAGAAGAUCCCAGGAUUGGUAUUGCAUAGUAAGCAGUAUCGAAAUCCAGAGCACUAUCGUGGCAAGAAAGUCGUUAUUGUGGGUGCUUCAGUAUCAUCGUUUGAUAUCGUCCACGAUAUUUUAAGUGUUGUCAAGGUUCCGGUAUACGCAUCACUCAGAGGAGCAAAUCCUGUCUUCGGCUACGUCCCCUUCACCCACCCUGAAAUUGUGCGGAAGCCGGUCAUCACUCAAGUUUCAGCCAGCAAUCGAACAGUCUUCUUUUCGGACGGAAGCAAGCUCGAAGAUGUAGAUCACAUCAUCUUUGCCACUGGUUACACCUUCAGUCUACCCUUCCUUCCUUCGGUCAAGGUUGUCAAUCGGAGGAUACCAGGACUUUAUUUGCAUAUAUUUAACCAAGCGGAUCCAACGCUCACAUUUAUAGGAGGGACUGCAGGUGGCUUCACGUUCCGUGUCUUCGAGUGGCAGGCUGUGGCAAUCUCCCGAUUCUUUGCUGGACGAGCUUCAUUGCCAUCGCUCGACGUACAAAAGCGUUGGGAGCAGGACCGUUUAGCCAUUUCUGGUGAUGGCGUUCCCUUUUACAAGCUUGCUCCUAGAUUUGAGGAAUAUUUCGAGGCGCUUAGGUCCUUUGCUGGAGACCCGAGCCCUGGAGUUCCUGGGCGUAUUCUGCCAAAAUGGAACCCUGGAUGGCUCGGUGGAUUCUCUGAUACACUGGACAAACGCCUGCAGUCAUGGAAGGAUGCGGCUGCUGUUGCGGAAGCACGACUAGCUGCGGAGGCCGUAGAAAAAGAGAGGAAAGAGGAGGAGGAGAAGCCGAUUCGUGCGAAGUUAUAG